AUGGAACAACUGAUCCCCUUUAUUCUUUUUGCAGUGAUAAGUCAGUGGUUUGACGACUCGCACUAUUCAGCUUAUGCUGCUGUCAACUACCCUCCUGAAAUUUGGACUCAAAUUCUCAAUCAGCUGAACCAAAAAGACGUGAUAGCGUUGAUGCUUACCAACCGCAUCACGUGCAGCUUAUCUGCCACGCGGCUCUAUCGAAGAGUGUAUAUCACUGCUGAGAAUUCGCAGAUGCCAUCAACUUCGUACGAUGAGUGGAACUACACUGUUACCACUGCAACCAGGUUCCUCAAGAUGCUUCGAACAAGCCAUGGUAGUAAGUUAGCAGUGGAGACCGUUUAUGUCGGGUGCAAACUUAAUUCUGUCAUUCUUUUCGAACUCGCAAGUCAUCUACCGCAUGCGGCUCUGGUUUGCAUGGACAUGGCUUACGUGAUCCUUCCCCAUCACAGUUGGGGAAGUUCUUUUUGGAUCAUAGGAAAUGCAAUUACCAAUAAUAUAGCGCAGUUGAGGCUGGAAGAGCUCGCAGUUGAUGAUAGUAUUCCCUUUUAUGGGCUGCAACGUGGUAGAGCGCUUCAUUUGCCUUCCUUGAAGAAGCUCUCCGUCAAAGCAACUCACUGGUCUAAAACUUUACCAUUGGUGACUGAUCUUUUCAGUGCUAUGCAUCCAUUUCAAUUGGAGAGUCUUGAAGUGGGCGAUCCUUUGGUCUUUUGCGAGGUUUGCAGUUCCUUGGGCACCUCUGAACAGUUCCGCUUAAAGUCUUUGACCCUGGAUUUUGGAUCCUCUAGUGAUAUUCCUCCAGAUUACGACUACACAAGACUUUUAGAAAUUAUGAAAAACAGUAUUCAAGAAGUAAAUGAGCUUCGUUUACGAUUUUGGACUUUUCAAGAAACAGAUGGUAUAUCAGAGUUCCUUAGAAAGAUAGCGGUAUUGUUGGGUCCAAAUCUUCAAUCAUUGGGAAUAUUUUUUCUUGGAGAAACUCCCAGAUCCAUUGAAGAUCAGGAUUCGAUUCAACUAGUUACCACCAAGUUAUAUCCAUCGUAUCUACCAGAUAUCGUCGGAUUUUUUGCUGCGAUCCAGCAUCUUCGCUUAGAAGAAAUCACUUUAAGCGUGUCACACCAAAUAGGACUGGAUGAGUUGACGGCAAAUGUAUCGAAUUCCAGGUUCUCAAUACUUAGUGCAGCAUUAUUGUUAUCCGUAGUGCGGCUAAACGUUUUUGGUAACCUGUGCGGGCCUUUCUUCAACGGAUGGGUUCGGCGAUACGAUAUUGGCCAUGGCCGAAUUUUUCGAAUAGCUCCUCGACACAACGUCUUGGGUGGUGCCCUCCCACCAAUUCAGGACGAUCAUAUCCAAUCUUUACCUGAUCUGGAGAUGGCGCAGCUCGUUUCCCAACGUCAGUUUAUCUGUGCUGCGCGUGGCCAAGUUUCAGUGCCAUUCACCACCGCCAACAAGAAUGCGCCUCUUUUGCGAGAGCGCUACCGGCUUCUGAUAGAAGAUCACGCGGGUCCUUUACCAGCGGAUAUACAUAUCAACGGUCUCCCAGUUUAG